AUGUCAACAACAACCACCACCCCCGUAGGCAUCAUCAUCUGCAGCCAGCGCUCGCCACGCGCAGGGCCACAAAUCGCCCACUGGGUCAAGCAAGCCCUGCAAGACGCCCUGACACCAGAAGAAGCUGGAACAGUCACCCUCAACCUCAUCGACCUCGCCAGCUGGAACCUGCCCAUGUACGACGAACCAGGCAUCCCAUCACAGAUUACCUCUGUCGACGAGUACGCGCACGAACACACGCGCCGCUGGUCGGCCGAGAUCAGCUCCCACGACGCCUUCGUCUUCGUCACCCCGCAGUACAACUGGGGGUAUCCGGCCAGCGUGAAGAACGCGAUCGACUACCUGUACCACGAAUGGUCAAGCAAACCCGCGCUCAUCGUCAGCUAUGGAGGCCAUGGGGGGGUCAAGGCCGCCGAGCAGUUGCGGCAGGUCCUGCUGGGGGUCAGGAUGUAUCCGGUGGACAGGAGUGUGGCGUUGACGUUUCCUGGGAGGGAGUUUAUGGUGCAGGCUGCGAGGGGGAGGGAAUUGGGGCUGAAUUAG